UGAAAGUUUUGGCGGCAAAUUCUAUUCUAUAUUUAAAAUUUAAAAUAUAGACUGUAUUCUAUUUUUUAUAAAUAGCACAGAUUAUAAACUAACUUUUUUAUAGUGUUGUGGUGUGUUGUGUUUACACUUGGUACUUUCUAGUGUGACGUGCAGGAUGACUAACAUACGUAAUAUCAAGCUAUGGAUAUGCGUGUUGUGUCUGACGUCGCCGCUGGCGUCUCCCGCGCCGCCGGUGUCACUUAAGCUGGACAUCAUCGACAUGGCCGCCAUCAGCCGCAUGACGCCGCAGCAGCUGGAGGCGCUGGCUGAGGGGCUCGCCGCCGAGGAGAUCAUGAGGACAAAGCGGUCAUCAGCUCAAGCCCUCACGUCGGUGGCGUCGAAGGCGUCAUCGGGUCUGCUGCAGAAGAAGAUCGGGUUCCUGACGCAGGCGUCAGCGGGGUCCGCCAGCUACCUCUCCUCCUCGUCCAGCAAGGGAUCCGGGGGAUCCAGCGAUUCUGGGGGAUACCAUUAUGAAGCACCGGCGCCGCAAGACGAAAAAGUCGACUUUUUGGGUUUGAAAAAGUCGAUCCUGUACACUCUGUUCCAAGCCGUGAAGGCGAUCACCGGUGGUGUGACCAUCCUCAAGGGGCAGAUCAUCAAGGGCGGCGGCGCCCUGGCCGCGACCCUAGGGAAGCUCAUCUCGAAGAAGGGCGACGUCGUCAGCAACCUUGGCAAGAAGAUCGUCAGCUCCGCCGCACUCAGCCAGAAACCCUCAUCGACCGCCGCGGGGCCAAUUUACGGACCACCGCCAUCGGUCCAUGCCGAGUAUGGCCCCCCGACAGCUUACGGACCACCGACGGCCCCCGCGCACUACUCACACGCCGCCGUCUCGGCCCCCACCGGGUUCGCACACAAGUAUCCCUCACAACUCGACGAGUUCCCAGCUGUACAUAAUGGUGCAUUUGGAGGAGAACAGUUGCAGUACUAUUAAGAAGCCUGGACUACCGAAUCAACUCUGCCACAUACUCAUAACGAAUACCUAUUUAUUUUACUAAGAAUACUAUAUUUAUAGUGCUUUUG